AUGAAGGUCUUCCUCUACUUUGUCAAAGUCGGUACUCUUUCGUUAUAUUGGCUGGUAGAACUAGUGAUUCCAAAGCCUUCAUGAAAUAAUUUUGAAGCGUGUCGGAAUAAGUCAAAUGAGAAGUAGUUAGAAAACGCCGCGGAAAAUGCCGAACGAGAGGAUAGAGAAAAAAAAAAUCUAUUCCAAUGGUUGGCUAGGGUAAUGUUGAACUUCCAAUUACUUUGAGCUGAAAAUCAAGUUCUUCUGUUUUGUCUGCUUCUAGUAUAGUUUGUUGUAACGUUAGCAAUUCGGAAUCCUACUGAGAGCACUUAUUCCGCCAGAUUUGCGCCUUCCAUUCACGGUAGACCGCUUUUGGGAGGAAAAAUAUAGCGAGUUCCUCGUCUCUUUUCAACUCGAAUUCCAUACUCUGAAAAAAGCUUCCGAAUUUUUUGUUGUAGAAGAAGUUUCUGCUCAGCUAAAGUUGUCGUAAAAACCGAAACGAUAGCGUAAAAUGGAUGGGUAAAAAGAUGAGUUCUCAUUCAUAGGCGAAGCCAUUGGUUCCAGUUUCAUGCUUUGAUGGCGUUUUUGUGUAGUCUUAUAAAAGGGUUUUUUUCUUUUCAGAUGGUUUUUCUCGUAUUUGAUAGCACAAUUUUGAAUGAAGGGCUUGAGAUUCCUGAUUCCAGGGACAGUCAUCGCAACCAGCCAUUGAAGGCGCCACCAAAAUGACGGAGGAUGAACGCGGCCACUCCAUUUUCUCCCGCUGCUUCGCAGAAAUGAUUGCUGUCCUUAUUUUUGUAUAUGUUGGUAGGUUUCUCUAUGCCAUUUAUCACACGUUUCUCAGUAAGACUCUUUGAUUUUUAGAUAAACGAUAGUAAAAAUUCAAUUCCAGGAUCGACGCAAGCAUUUUCGCAUUCAUCAGACCCCGUGCUUCACGCAGCUUUUGCUCACGGGGCCGCCAUUUUUGUGCUGGUCGCCACUUUUGGUGGACUCAGGUUGGACUUGUAUCAACUUGAUCUGAACGAAAUAUGAGCGAAAAAACCUCCAAGGACAGAAAAAAUUAGGUUUACCUGAAGCGUUUCCCAAUUGAGAACCGAUUUUUUUUUUUCAUCAUUUAAUGCUUUAUAAAACAGUAUCUUUCAUCAGAACAUGGAAUUUUUCAACUCGUCGCGGUUUGCGUGUGCCUAACUGGCUGAAAAAUGUUAGAUUAAUUUUUUAUCAUAUCUUUGCGAGAAUCUGAUUCUGCCUUCCGCAAGCGUUUCUGGUCGGGCGCGCCUCGCAGCUACGUCGCAUUGAAUAAUUUUACGCGCGGUUCAGUGCUAGAGUCGUUAAAACGAAAAUAACGAAAGCAUAAAGACAAUUUGGAUGAAUUUCGAAACAAAGGACACGACUGUAGAAAAAGGAUAUAAUAAUAAAUUUUAUGAAUGCAAAUACAGGUCGUUGAUUUUUUGAAAACUUAAAAAAAUCAUAAAACCUAUAGAACAUGGGAACUUGAUAGAUGCCAGGAACACAGAGAAGUAUUUUCUGGGGUCUCUCCGAUUCUGAAGAGCUACGGCCUUUGGAGAUUGAAAUUUCUUCUAUAUUUUUUACAUCGUCAAGAAAUAAGAAAAGAAAAGAGAAAUAGUAUCAAGGAAUGAUUUUUCUUUUGAGAAUUUUUCUCUAUUUCGAAAUUUUGUUAAUUUCAAUGUCUCUAUUCCAGCGGAGGCCACGUCAAUCCAGCCGUCACUCUGGGAAUAACUCUGGUCGGCAAGUUGAGCCCAGUUCAUGCCGUUUGCUACGUUUGUAGUCAGUUGGUCGGAAGUGUUCUUGGAGCGCUCUUGGUCCGGGUUUGUUUAUUUUCAAAGGCUAUUUUCUCUAAAGUCGAGAGAACUUAGAUAUCCCUGGACAAUGUGGCGUAUGAAGGAAUUACUGCCGGCGCAACGGUUCUCAGCAGCGGCGUCAGUUGGUAUCAUGUAAGGGCUUUCCUUCCAACUUUACUGUUCCAAUAAAUUGCGAUAAAAUCUAAUUUUAUCAAGUUUUUCAAUAUAUGGAAAAAUCAAUUAAAAAGUCUCAAAUAGUAAAGUUUCCAGUUUUUGAAAAUUGCUAUCCUAUACGCUUCAGAAGAUAAAACUGAAGCUUCAAGAGUUAAGUUGACACAAAAUUCAGUAUCAAUUUUAAGUGUCAGGAUGUUGGUCUAGUGUUCAAAUGGAAGUUUCCUGCUCUCACUGUUCAAAAAUAUUUUUUGAAAUCUCGAAUAGAGGAUUUUUUUUACUUCCAACGUCUACAAUACACUAGAAUGUUUAUAAUAAGCUAAGAUUGAAGAAACUUCAUCUCGUGUUGAUCAGAAGUUAGGUUGCGACCCUUCUCGGAAAACAAAAGUUCAGGGUUUGACGGCCGAAGUCAUGACGACGUAUAUCUUGGUGCAGACGGUCCUCAUGACUGCCGUUGAUACGGACAAAAAUGUCCUGGCCCCGCUCGCCAUCGGCUUUUCCAUCAUCAUCGACAUCUUGGCCGCGUGAGCUUUUGAUCUUUUUUCACUCUUAAGUGUGAGAAAGCAGGUUUCAAGUUCAAUGAACACGUGGUAGACGGAAAAUUUGUAAGAGUGAAAAACAUACCAAUUUUAUUAGGCCGAAGUUUUUCAUCGAAAAUGUAAGAGGAAAUAACAGCUUCCAAAGUUUUGCAAAUUGCCCGAAAAAAUGAUAAUAAUUGAGUAAAACGUAAACACUGUUGAGAUUUAAACUAACUUCGCUAAAAUAGUUGAACUUGUGAUAUAAACGGUAUUCGAAGUUUGAAUUCUGCCUUUUAAAUUUGGUUAAUGUGCAGCGGAAGCUUGUCUGGAGCCUCAAUGAACCCGGCACGAUCUUUCGGCCCCAACGUCAUCGGCCAACUUUUCCUGAGCCCUCAUCACCUGGAUCAGGUGCCUGCUUUCUGGUCCUACCACUGGAUCUACUACAUUGGUCCUGCUUUGGGUGCCUUCCUUGCUGCUGGAGUAUACAGGUCUGUUUUCCUUCCGAAAACUCAAAAAAGAACCUCCAAAAUAUCAACAAAGCGAGACAAAAAAGCUUGUGCCUCAUGCUGGAAUCGAACCAGCGACCUUCUGUUUACUAGACAGACGCUCUGCCACUGAGCCAAUGAGGCGGUCCGUGACGUGUUCUCUCUUUCAGGGUCUUCUUCGCUCGCGAUUUCCGCGUCCUUGCGUAG